GGAGGUUGCAACCAUGAACACAGGUACUUCCGGUUGCUACGGAAGUGGGACUUCGUACUCUUCCAAGCUCCUCCCUCAGCGGUCGGGCAGAGUGACAGGAUGGCCAGGCGGACGGUGCCGCUGCUGCUGCUAACCUUGGCAGUGGGACUCGCAGGGAGUUCCCAGGGCGACCGCGAGCCGGUGUACCGCGACUGCGUGCUGCGGUGCGAGGAACGGAACUGUUCGGGGGACGCACUGAAGCACUUCCGCUCCCGCCAGCCAAUCUACAUGAGCCUAGCUGGCUGGACUUGUCGGGACGACUGCAAGUAUGAGUGUAUGUGGCUCACUGUUGGUCUCUAUCUUCAGGAGGGCUACAGGGUGCCUCAGUUCCAUGGCAAGUGGCCCUUCUCCCGGUUCCUGUUCAUCCAAGAGCCAGCUUCUGCCCUGGCCUCGCUCCUCAAUGGCCUGGCCAGCCUGGUGAUGCUCUGCCGCUAUCGCGCCUCCGUGCCAGCCUCCUCCCCCAUGUACCACACCUGCAUGGCCUUCGCUUGGGUGUCUCUCAAUGCUUGGUUCUGGUCCACAGUCUUCCAUACCAGGGACACUGACCUCACAGAGAAGAUGGACUACUUCUGUGCUUCAGCCGUCAUCCUGCAUUCUGUUUACCUGUGCUGUGUCAGGACCGUGGGACUGCAGCACCCAACCGUGGCCAGUGCCUUCGGUGCCCUGCUGCUGCUGCUGCUGACAGGACACAUCUCCUACCUGAGCCUUGUCCAUUUCGACUACGGCUACAAUAUGAUGGCCAACGUGGCUAUAGGCCUGGUGAAUCUGGCGUGGUGGCUGGUCUGGUGCCUACGGAACCACCGGCGCCUACCUCACACCCGCAGGUGUAUGGUGGUGGUGGUGCUGCUGCAGGGGCUGUCCCUGCUGGAGCUGCUCGACUUCCCGCCCCUCUUCUGGGUUCUGGAUGCUCACGCCAUCUGGCACAUCAGCACCAUCCCCGUCCACACCCUCUUCUUCAGGUCAGUGCUCCGCCCAGCCUCAGGUUUUCCUUUCUCUGCCCUUCCUUGCCUGCUCCCCCUCCUACUUGCCUGCUGUCCCCCCCCCACCGUCUGGGACGUUCUCUGACCUGGGUGUCUGCCUCAGUGGGCUCAUCUCUCCACCCACAGGUUUCUGGAGGACGACAGCCUGUACCUACUGAAGGAAUCUGAAGCUAUGUUCAAGCUGGACUAGAGAGGCCAGGAGGGAGCGGCUCUGCCUCGUCCCCGAGGCUUUUCCCUUCUCCCCCUGAGAGGAAUGGUUUUUCUCCUUUUAGCUUCUUGAACUUGACCAUGUGGGGUUCGGACCUGAAAGCCUGUAGCUACCUGGCCAUUGCUGGCCCUCACGUGGAACCUGUCUUGGGAGCUCCCACCUCACGUCUGGGACAGGGAAGAGGCAGCUAUCCCGUACCUGGGGCUAAACUGAGACCGUGUUUUGAGGUCUACAGAGAGGACUGCUUUUGUGUCCUCAACCUCCGCCCCCCUUUCCACCUCACUCGUCCCCAUAGCACCACCCUGAGUACCUCCACUUGCCCCCAAAACCACACCCGCAGGCCUUCGGGUACACUGGGAUCUCUUUUUGUCAGGGCACCACUAGGUGGCACUGGAUGCCUGCUCUUCAGCUGCCCAAGUUUCUCUCUGGGUCUGAGGAACUGGGCUGCUGCCGGGAGGACUAAGGGUUUCUGCCCUGCCUCCUGCAACCUGCAAGUCUCGACUUCAGGGCCAGGACCCCAGAAAGCUCAGGAUGAGAACCCAGUCUGCUGUUCUGGUUGGGAGUGGGCACAUUGACACAUAGAGGGAUAUGGGCCAAGCCAGGAGCAGGCGACCAGAUAGUCGGUGAGCUGGGGGAUUGUGGGCCUUCACUUAGAGUGUACAGCGUGGGUGUGUGUUCAGGGGGCGGGUGAUUUGGGGAAGGUAUGUGUAAGAGACGAACAUGCACGGAACAUGCUGGUAGGAGGCUGAAGCAGAACAGGGGGGUCAAGUCAUCAUCAACAGUCACUUGAGCUCCAAGUCAGCCCCAGGCCCCAAGGCCAUCCUGCUGCUAGUAUCUGCACAUGACUUUAGGAUGCUGGAUGUGGGUGCCCGCCCGUGCCCUUUGUACCCCACAUAAAUCACACACCUCCCCCCACAUGUCUUGAGAGCACCUUGAGAACUAGCCCCUGGAAGGCAGAGAGAGGGGAAGAGUGCCCCGCCUCCUAUUCCUUUAUCUUGGGAUGGUGGAUCUCCCACCUCAGUUCCCUGCUAUAGAACUUUGUCAGAGCCGGACUCUCCCGGGGCAAUCUCAGGGCAAGCAGAACCCAUCCAGCCUGCAUCCUGCACCAGCCCGGUCAGGAAGGCUGCCUGCCCCUGCCCUCUGCUCCCCUUUGUGGGGGAGGACAGCUAUGCCAGGGCUCUAGCUCAGGUACUUGGGCAGCCUAUUAGGGUUUUGGUUUUGUUGUUUUUUACUAAGAACAAUUUUAAGGCCAGAGGCAGGAAAGGACAGAUUUAAUAAAGCAAUUCCUGG